ACUUUUGAUUCCCAUCUUGUCCAUUUUAUAUUAAAAUUCGGCUUUGUUGUUAAAACUUACAAUUUAUACCAUUGUUUGAAUAGAACGUAAGAUAAAUUGAUAUACCCUUACGCUACGUACGGACCACUUUCAAAAUGCCGCGUAAUCCAAUAAUACAGGUGUACAUAGCAGAAGGGUUCGCAGAUGACUGUGAGGAGCUUGUCCACCGCUGCUCACGUGUGGACCACCUCAACUACCCGACAUUUUGCUCACAUUACAAGGAGAUGAACUUUGCUACGGUGUAUCAACACAGAUCAACAAAUGCCGAGAUAGGUGAGCUGUCAGAGGAAUUGCUGCAAAUAGCUAAACACUACAUGGUUCGGGAUACAAGCAACUUUGAGGAAUCAGUCGCCGGCCUAUUCCUCGUGUAUGCACUCCUGAACUUACAGCCCUUCCCGCGCUUCGCUGCACUCCGUAUUGUACAGGACGACCUCCCCGCAAUCGCGCGCUUAGAGCGAGUAGCGCGGCGUGACAACCGCCUCGACGUGUUGUAUGUGUUGGCGAACGUGCUAGUCCGGGGGCCGGUGCAGUUCCAUGCGGAAGCGAGGCCGAGGGGCAUGGAGGCCGCCUACAGAACCAACUUGGAAGGUUUCUGCAACAUCGAUGCCCAUGGCGUCCGUCCUAAAGGUGUAUAUUCGCGACAAAACGAGGAAUUGGACCUUUUGAGAGACAUGAACAGCAUCUUCGAGCGCUACUCUAAGGCUAAAGCGCAAAUACCAGGGUUUCAGCGUCGAGACAUCAGCCAUAACUUGGCGAUGGAGCUGAGCGAGUCGCUCAAGAGGGUCAUUAAUGGCGUCACAGAUGAUCCAGAAGAGAGCUCCGUCCUGGACCACCACGAUUCUGUGCAGGAGAUAAAGAAACGGGCGAUGCGAAACGCCGUGUCCACCGUGAGAUUUUUAGACUCUACCGAGCAGAGGCAGAAAACGUCGACGCCAGCUGGAAGCAAAGAUGGUGCGAAAAGGCGCAAAAGUUCAAAAAAAUCACCGAAAACAAAAUUAAACUCGAGCAGUUCAUCUGAAGAGGACGAAGAUGAUAAGGAAAUAGAAAUUCUAGCAAAAGACGUUAUGAGUCAAGCUAGUUUUAGAGAAAUUAUCAAAGAUAAAGAAACACAGUUAAAUAUAGAUUCUCUCCCGCGUUUACUAACUACGGAAAGUAAUGGAAAAUUAUUCGAAAUUGAAAUUAUAGAUGAAAUGAAACAACCAUCUUUACCUGUUUUAAAUGAAAAUGAUGGGAAAAUAGAAAUUGAAAUAAGUGACCAAAUGAAUUCCAGUGCAACGCCUAUAAAUAGUGAAAAUGAUGGAAAACUCGUUGAAAUUGAAAUCUCAGAUAAAGUGACAAAUCCAAAUGAGAUAUCGUUUGAAUCUACAGUAAAUGACAGUACCGUUGAGAAAGAAGUUACAGAUAGUACAAAAAAACGAGUUAGAGAAGUUGAUGAAACAAAAGAUGAAAAUGAAGAUAAAAUAGACAGACCAAAGAAAAGAGGAAGACCGAAGAAAAACGAGAAAAGUCCAACGAAUGAAGGGAAAAAAACAAAUGAUGAUCUAUUUUUGCAGCCAUUAAGAGUAUCUCCUAGACUUAAGACGGUGUUAAAAAGAGACCAGAAAAAACCUGUAUUGAAAUCGAAGUUUAAGAAAAUGGGAAUGUUGGAAUUAGCUAAUUUUGAAGACAAAAAGUAGCCUUUUGAGAAUCAUUCUAAGUUGUUCGUAUUAUUUGAAAAUCUUUCGUAUGAUUGUAACACAUCUAUGGGGCCCUGGUACUCUGAAAUAAAGAUAUUGUAUUGUACUGCAAGGCAGUAUUAGUUAACAGGAAUUUCCUCCCGCGGAUGCUCCGGCUGUGGAAUGAGCUCCCUGCCGAGAUUUUCCCGAGGAUAUACAGUAUGGGGUUCUUCAACAAAGGAGUGUACAGGUUUUUAAAGGGUCGGCAAGUGCUUAACAUCAGGCGGGCCGUAUGCUUGUUAUCCACCGUCGUGGUACAUAAAAAAGUGACAAACUUAGUUAAUAAUAAAUAAAGUUACUUUUGUUAUACAAA